AUGGCGUCCCGACCAGAGAUGAAAGAGGAGGAUGAGUCAGGCUUCUGCAAGUUCUUCCGUAACUUGCCUGAGAAAGAUGACGAGACGGUGCGCAUCUUCGACCGCGGCGACUACUACAGCGCCCACGGCGAAGAUGCCAAGUUUAUCGCAAACACAGUGUACAAAACCACAGCCGUUAUCCGCAAGCUGGGACGAGAACCAGGCCUCGAAUCCGUAACCAUGACCAUCACCGUUUUCCGCAACUUCCUCCGCGACGCACUCUUCAGACUUAGCAAACGUAUCGAGAUAUGGCAGUCAACAGGUAAACGCAUGGACUGGAAGGUGGUCAAGCAGGCCUCGCCAGGCAACCUGCAAGACCUGGAAGAUGAAUUGGGCGGUCAGAUCGAGAAUGCGCCUAUAAUAUUAGCGGUCAAAGUAUCAGCAAAAGCAUCAGAGGCACGUAAUGUGGGUGUAUGCUUCGCAGACGCAAGUGUGCGAGAGCUGGGCGUUACAGAGUUCCUCGAUAACGACCUGUAUUCAAAUUUCGAAUCCCUGCUCAUUCAGCUCGGCGUCAAGGAGUGCUUGAUACAGGUUGAUUCUAGCAAGAAGGAUGUGGAGCUGGGCAAGCUGAGGACGAUCGCCGACAACUGUGGCUGCGCCGUAGCAGAGCGGUCAGCAACGGACUUUGGCACAAAAGACAUCGAACAGGAUCUCCCGCGAUUACUCAAAGACGAACGAGCGGCCGGCUCGUUGCCAUUGACAGAUUUGAAGCUGGCGAUGGGCUCGGCGGCAUGCCUGAUCCGCUACUUGGGCGUCAUGUCCGACUCAUCGAACUUCGGGCAAUACCAGCUCUACCAACACGACCUCUCACAAUAUAUGAAGCUCGAUGCUGCUGCCCUGAAGGCACUUAACCUCAUGCCUGGACCACGAGACGGUGCAAAGAAUAUGAGCUUGUAUGGACUGCUCAAUCACUGCAAGACACCCACUGGUAGCCGGCUACUAGCACAAUGGCUGAAACAGCCCCUAAUGAACGUCAAGGACAUUGAGAGACGCCAGCAGCUGGUGGAAGCCUUCGUCAACGACACUGAGCUGAGACAGACGAUGCAAGAAGAGCACCUACGCUCAAUACCAGAUCUUUACCGACUAGCGAAGAAGUUCCAGCGUAAAGUCGCAAAUCUGGAAGACGUCGUACGCGCAUAUCAAGUCGUCAUUCGAUUACCGGGCUUUCUUAGCUCCCUCGAGGCGGUUAUGGACGAGCAGUACAAGGAGCCGCUCGAUGCAGAGUACACCGAUAAGCUCCGCCAAUACACAACAGCAUUUGCAGGCCUACAAGACAUGGUGGAGACUACUGUGGAUCUCGAAGCGCUCGACAACCACGAGUUCAUUAUCAAGCCUGAGUUCGAUGAGUCGCUGAAGACCAUCCGGAAGCGUUUGGAUAAGCUCAAGCGUGACAUGGAAUCAGAGCACAUGCGUGUGGGCGAUGACCUCAACCAAGACACCGACAAAAAGCUUUUCCUCGAGAACCACAAGGUCAACGGCUGGUGCUUCCGACUAACCCGCAACGAAGCAGGCUGUAUCAGACAAAAGAAACAGUACCAGGAGAUCUCUACACAGAAGAACGGCGUGUACUUCACCACCAACACACUACAAGAAAAGCGCAGAGAAUUCGACCAGCUCUCCGAGAACUACAACCGCACGCAGUCCGGCCUCGUGAACGAAGUCGUUUCAGUAGCAUCAUCCUACGUCCCUGUAGUCGAGAAACUUGCCGCCGUACUCGCACACCUUGAUGUCAUCGUCUCCUUUGCUCAUGUCUCCGUCCACGCACCUACAUCCUACACCCGACCAACCAUGCACGCGCGCGGCACCGGCAACACUGUCCUCAAAGAAGCGCGACACCCUUGCAUGGAGAUGCAAGACGACAUAUCCUUCAUCACAAACGACGUCUCGCUCGUGCGCGACUCAAGCGAAUUCUUGAUCAUUACCGGUCCCAAUAUGGGCGGAAAAUCUACGUACAUCAGACAGAUCGGUGUCAUUGCCCUCAUGGCACAGAUUGGAUGUUUCGUCCCCUGUUCAGAAGCCGAGUUGACCAUCUUUGACUGCAUACUCGCCCGUGUCGGUGCAAGUGACAGUCAAAUCAAAGGCGUGUCGACCUUCAUGGCCGAGAUGUUAGAAACAGCAAAUAUCCUCAAAUCUGCAACCAAAGAAUCACUCAUCAUCAUCGAUGAGCUCGGUCGCGGAACAAGCACAUACGAUGGUUUCGGCCUGGCAUGGGCAAUCUCCGAAUACAUCGUCAAGGAGAUUGGUGCUUUUGCGUUGUUUGCCACGCAUUUCCACGAGUUGACCGCGCUGGUGGACACAUAUCCACAAGUUCAAAAUCUACACGUGGUAGCGCAUAUCUCUGAAGGCAGUGCCGCGCCUGUCAACGGCGAUGCAGAUGCAGACGUCGACAUGGACGCUUCCGCCGUACAAAAGAAACGCGAAGUUACCCUCCUAUACAAAGUAGAACCUGGAUUCUCGGACCAAUCUUUUGGUAUCCAUGUCGCAGAGCUCGUCCGUUUCCCACAAAAAGUCAUCAACAUGGCGAAGCGGAAAGCGGAUGAACUAGAAGAUUUUGCGGGCAAGCACGAGGAAGGUUAUGUACAAGCGAGUAAAGAGGAAGUAGAGGAGGGAAGUCGCAUGCUGAAAGAGGUACUAGCGAAGUGGAAGGAAGAGGUACAGAGCAAGGGGCUGACGAAGAAACAACAAGUAGAGAGGAUGAAGGAGCUAGUCAAAGGGAACCCGGAGCUUAUGGCUAAUGGGUUCUUCAAGGGUAUUCGAGCCUUGUAA